UUGAAUCAAAUAUAAAUAAUAAUGGAUGCAAUUACACAAAUGGAUUUAUAUGGAUUGCUUGGUGUGGAGUCAACAGCUUCUAUGCCAGAGAUCAAGAAGGCAUAUCGCAAGAAAGCUUUGACAUGCCAUCCUGACAAAAACCCAGACAAUCCGAGAGCCGCAGAAUUAUUUCAGGAACUCUCGAGAGUAUUGGAAAUAUUGACAGAUGCAAAUGCCAGAGCAGCGUAUGAUCAAGCUAUUGCUGCCAGGAAGCAGGCGAAAGAGCGUGUUAGACAGUUUGAUGCCAAGAGAAAGAAAUUGAAGGAAGACUUAGAGGCACGCGAAGAGGCUUAUAAGAGGUCGUUUGAUCCUAAAUCUGAUACUAAAUCUGACGAGGAACAAACAAAGGCAGAAGUAAAACGAUUGCAAGAGUGGUACAAACAAAUAGAAGAAGAGAUGGUCUUUACACGAGAACUUUUUUUGGAAAAACUUAAGAGCUCAUCGGAUGAUUUAACAUCUAAUGUAGGAGACUUUCGAAUAAAAAUUAGAUGGAAGGUGCAAGAUGGUGAUUUGACAAAUGGUGGAUAUAAUUAUGAUAAUUUACAUAAAAUGUUUUCUAAGUAUGGAGAUGUAGCGGUUCUUGUUGUAUCAUCUACAAAGAAAGGCAGUGCCAUGAUUGAAUUUGGAGAUAAAAAUGCAGCAGAAACAGCGCUUCUAGCAGAAAUCGGUUUAGCCAAGAAUCCAUUAACGUUGCGUGGUCUAUGGGAUACACAAAAACGUUCAACUUGUGCUGCAAGUAGCGCAAAUUCUAACAUUGGAAAACUUAUAUUUCCUGCAACCACAUGUUUAAACAGCACGCCAUGUGCCUCUGUCAGUUUUUCUUCUGCACCUAAUAUAUUCACGCAGCAGACAAAGAUGUCGGAUGCUGAACUUGAAAAUUCUGUAUUAGCUAAUCUAAGGAGAGCAGAAGAGCGCAAACGGCUCAUAGAGGAAUUGAAAGCACAGGAAGGAACUUAAUUCUGGUAUUGCGAGAAUUUAUAGCCGUUCAUGUAUUUAUUUUUUCUAUGUGAGAAAGAUAUCUAUAAUAAAAAAAUAUCUAUUCUUAA